UCCCAAUCCAUCUUCUCCCCUACAUAGGCACUUUCCUAUUAAAUACUGUGCUUUCUUAUAUCAUCGGUAACACACUUACCAAUUCUCAACAUUACAAGCAUGGAAAAACCAGAGACAGCCCACUAUGAAGAUUCACCAAGAAGUGCAUCGCCACAAGCCGCUCGAACAGAACACCUCCAUCACGAAAAACCCAGCGGCGCCCAAUCCGAACAAAUCGCCCGAAUAGACGCACUCGCAACCGCUCCGGGCGUCACAAGAGCCACCUUUGCACACCUUGACGAAAAGAAAAUCCUACGGAAAAUGGACCUCCGUCUGAUCCCCAUGCUCGCAUUGCUCUAUCUCCUUUCUUUCCUCGACCGCGGCAACAUCGGUAACGCCAAAAUCGAGGGUCUAGUCGAGGAUCUGGGUAUGACGGGCGCGCAGUACAAUUGGUGCUUGACCGUCUUCUUCUUUACGUAUGCGGCAUUCGAAGUGCCAAGCAAUUUGCUGCUGAAGAAGUUGCGGCCGAGUAUCUGGCUUCCUUCGAUCAUGGUGGCGUGGGGGAUCGUCAUGACGCUCAUGGGAAUAGUGCAGAAUUAUCAUGGGUUGCUGAUUGCUCGUAUCUUUCUGGGUGUGACGGAAGCUGGGCUUUUCCCGGGCGUUGCGUAUUACAUCACGGCUUGGUACUGUAGACAUGAAGCUCAGAUGCGGCAAGCGCUUUUCUUCAGUGCUGCUUCCAUCGCUGGAGCGUUCUCUGGCCUUUUGGCUUUCGGCAUCUCCAAGAUGAAUGGUGUGGGUGGCCUCGAGGGGUGGCGUUGGAUCUUCAUUCUCGAAGGUAUUUUGACAGUCUUAGUUGCUGUAAUGGCUUAUUUUACGCUACACGACUUUCCGGAGACUGCUACUUUCCUGACCGAAGAAGAGCGUGCGUUCGUAGUGUUUCGUCUAAAGUACCAGGGCCAAGAGUCGGAAGAUGGUGUCAGAGUCGCUCAGGAUGAUUCGUUCCAGUGGAAAUAUGUCAAGUCAGCCUUUCUUGAUUGGCAGAUUUGGGUCAAUGUUUGGGUGUACUGGGGUAUCGUGGCACCCUUAUACGGCAUCUCCCUCUUCCUGCCUACAAUCAUCAGGUCUUUAGGGUACACUAGCUCGACAGCACAACUUCUCACUGUACCCAUCUACAUUACGGCUUCGAUACUGGCUGUGGGUGUAGCGUACUGGAGUGACAGAGUUGGAAAGCGAUCGCCUUUUAUUCUGGUCUGCUUGGGAAUUAUGGCUAUUGGAUUUAUCAUGUGUAUCGCGACUUCAACGCCGGGAGUCAUCUAUGCCGGAGUGUUCCUGGCUGCUUGUGCUUUGUAUCCCGCGUUCCCUGGAAACAUCACGUGGCUUUCCAACAAUCUCGCAGGCUCGACUAAGAGGGCUACUGGACAGGCCUUACAAAUUGCUCUCGGCAACCUUGCGGGUGCAAUGGCUUCGAACUUCUAUCGUGCAGAAGACUCCCCAAAAUACAUCCUCGGUCAUGCUCUGGAGCUAGGGUUUAUCAUCGUAGGUAUUGUUGCUGGAUUGGUCUUGGUAUUGAAUUACAAGCGCAUCAACAAAAAGCGCGAGCGGCAAAUGGCAGCGGGUGAACACAAUGGCUACACUCCCGAAGAGCUGUCAGCAUUGGGAGACCGUGCGAUCACGUUCCGUUACGUUUGGUGA